AUGAAGGAGCCUUAUGUUUUCAUGACUUUACUUAUUCCUGGGCCCAAGGGUCCAUGCCAUGACAUCGAUGUAUACAUGAGACCAUUGAUAGAUGAAUUGCGAACAUUGUGGGAAAUUGGUGUUGAAACUUAUGAUAUAUAUGUAAAACAGAAUUUUCAGAUGAGAGCUGCACUUCUUUGGACUAUAAAUGAUUAUCCAGCAUAUGCAUACAUGUCAGGUUGGAGUACGUCUGGCAAAUUGGCAUGCCCAUAUUGUGCAUCUAAUACUUCGCAUCGUCGGUUAUCUCAUGGGUCUAAGACAUGUUAUUUGGGUCAUAGAAGAUUUUUACCGUCUGACCACGUAUGGCGUAAUCAAGGAAGCCAAUUCGAUAAUACAAGGGAAAGAAGACUUGCACCUAAGAGACCAUCUGGUGAUGAUGUGAUAAAUGAACUUAGUGAAUUAAGAGAAAUAACACAUGGCAAGGAUGGGAAAAAGCAUACAAUAUUUGGGUUUGGAAAAGAUCAUAAUUGGAAAAAACAUUCGAUAUUUUUCCAAUUGCCUUACUGGAAAACACUUUUGGUGCGUCACAAUUUAGAUGUCAUGCACAUUGAGAAAAAUGUAUUUGAGAAUGUGAUUGGCACAAUGAUGAGCAUUGAUGGUAAAACAAAAGAUUCUUUAAAUGCUCGUCUUGAUCUUCAAGAAAUGGGUAUAAGACAGAGGUAUCAUCCAGAAGAAGGAGAUAAUGGUAAGCUCUAUUUUAUCCCAGGCGAUUAUACAUUGUCAAAUGAUGAUAACAAAGCUUUAUGUCAAUGGUUAAUGGAGUUGAAAGUUCCAGAUGGGUACUCUGGAAAUUUAUCUCGAUGUGAAUGCUUCAGAACGUAUUUGCAUAAACUAAAGACUUAUGUUCGUAAUAAGGCUCAUCCAGAAGGGUCUAUUGCCGAAGGUGUCUUGGGAGACGAGUGUUUAAUAUUUUGCUCUCGCUAUUUGCAUCGAGUUGAAACUAAGUUUAAUAAAAGAGAUAGAAACGAUGAUGGAGGUCAACCGUCAUAUGAUACAUCUCCGUUAUCUAUUUUCUCAACACCUGGUCGAGCUUUUGGGAAAGGUGUACUUAGAGAGAUGAGCAUUGAACUUCAUAAGGCUGCCACUCAUUAUGUCCUGCAAAAUUGUGAUGAAGCUUUGCCAUUUGUCCAAGAACAUAAGAACAUUCUAAUCCAGUCUAGUGUUGAUAAUGUGGAGGAGUCACAUAGGCUUCAAUUUUCAAACUGGAUUUCUAAAAGGGUCACAGAACUAUACAACGAUGGUAAAGUUAGUAAACAAAUGCUUUCUUUGGCUCGAGGUCCUGAAAGGCGAGUAACUUAUUAUCCUGGUUAUUAUAUUAGUGGUUUUAGAUUUCAUACAUUGCAGCGUGAUGAGAAUAAAAAAACACAAAAUAGUGGAAUUCUGGUUAAGGGGGAGAAUCAGGUUGACGAUGUGCCUUGGUAUGGAACCUUAGUAGAUAUUGUGGAGCUUCGUUACACAGAAGGAAAUAGAGUUGUAUUGUUCAAUUGUGAUUAG